AUGGGCGACGUGAAUAAUGAUGCAAGACAUUCGCAACAAGGAUUAACCAAUAACCAAAAUGUUGCUAGUCGUGAGCAAACGACACGUAGUAAUACAGGAUCAAUCGGUGCUAAUAUGCAAUCGCCAACGAUGAAUAGAUCAUUAUUUAAUAUUGAAUUAACAUAUAUUUUUGAUUUUUAUAAUAUAAUAAAACAUUCUUUAGAUGAUAUCAAUCAAAACAUAUAUGGUUCCAACUUAAGUGUUACUAAUAAAGAAACAACAACUUUAGAAAUAUUGAACUAUAAAAGCAAAGGAAUAAAUGAUGAUGAUGAUGAUGAUAAAUAUGCAGUUGAAGAGGCAGAAUUUGAUUCCAAUACAGAAGAUUUGUCAAAUAUCGACCAGAGAAUAUAUCCACGAGAAAUUUUAACAGAUCAGGAUGAUCCUUCAUUAUAUCCAUCCAGUGGAGCUUCUAAUCUCAAUGAUGAGGCAAAUGGUACUCAUACAGAUAGUGUCUAUUUACAUCAAUGUAUUAGAAGACGACCAUCUGAAGAUUGUCAUUUUCCUGAUGCGAGAUUCACAUUUUUUCCUGAUAAAAAGCAAGAAGAUGUUAUCAAGAUUCUUUUAAAAGCUCAAGCCGAAAUGGAUAAGAUUUGGUCAAAUAUAGAUAAAAGAUAUACAAAAAUAACGAUAACACCAAAAAUACGACCACAAAUGAUUAGAGAGUUCAAGAGAGAAUAUGAUUCGUAUUUAUCUAAAGAAUAUCCUACACAAGUAAAAUCGGUGAAAGAUGCACUAUUAAUAUUAAGAAAAUCAUCAUUCGGUAUACUUAUUCUCAACACAAAAAAUCAGAUAUUGGCAGUACAAAAUUAUCAAGGAACUUGGAGUGCUCCGAAAGGUCAUCCAAAAUAUAAAGAUGAUGGUACAUUAGAAAUUCCAUCAGAAACAGUAUCGCGAGAAUCAUGUGAAGAGCUCUUAAUUACAUGUAAGAGAAAUAAACGUAAAUUAACAAUUAAUAAAGAUAAUCUGGAUCAUUUUUUUGGUUUAAACAAUGAUAACUUUCUCGAAUGCCGUUUUAAUGAUAGACCAGGCACUAAUGAUGGAUUACGACAAAUCGGUCUUUUUGUUGUCCGUGUCGAUGAAACGAAAUGGACGUUUAGUUUAAAGGAUAACAAAGAGAAUAGGGCUUGUGAAUGGUUAAAUAUUGCUGAUAUUGUUCGUAAUAAGCCCGAAGUUGGACGCGACAUAUACUAUACGUUACGUCCGUUCGCUCAAUAUUUAAAAGACAAUCCAAUGCCUUAA